AUGGGCACAAAGGAGAGCUGUAGGAGUGAGCUCCGAACUGCAAUUCGUCAGCUCAGCGAUCGCUGCCUCUACUCUGCCUCCAAAUGGGCAGCAGAGCAAUUGGUGGGUAUAGAGCAAGACCCGACAAAGUACACUCCAUCACACACUCGAUUCCAGCGAGAGAGUUCGAGUAUUCGCCGGAGGUUCCGGACCAGUGAGGUUACUUCGACGCCGGCGGCUGGUGUUUCCUAUGUGUCAACUCCGGUACCGGAUGAGGACAAUAAUGCUCCGGACAAUGAUUUCUACCUUCUGGCCAAGUCUUACUUCGAUUGCCGCGAGUAUAAGAGGGCUGCUCACGUGCUCCGUGAUCAGACCAGCAAGAAAGCCAUGUUCUUGCGAUGUUAUGCACUCUACUUGGUUUGUUUCUACUUAGCUCUCUAA